ACGAGACUGCAGCUCCAGGUCGCGUCCUGCCUGCUCAAGGUGUACGAAACGGUGGAAGCCGCCUAUGAAAUGCAAGAAUGUCUGGGUCUGGAAACAUGCAGGGUUUGUCAUGCUCUGCUAGCAUGGUUCUCAAGUUUGUCGUGCGCGUUACUCAAAAGGCAGAAGCCCAGUUUGUCAUGCAGAAUAGACAACGCUGCAGCAUCUGCAAAACUUGUCAUGCUUGGCAGCCAAUUGCGGUGUGCUCGUCUUUCUCCAACCAGCAUCACAAGUUUCCAGACAUGAUCGAGGGACAUUUGCAAUGCAUACCGCCUGUGCCCACACGAUGUCGCUGUCGCACCUGAAGCACUUGUUGUUUGAGCAGUACGAGUAUGGAUUGCAAAAGUGUCUGGGUCUGGAAGAGUGGAACUUGUAAUGCUGUCUGCGGAUUCGGAUUCCAAAGAUAUCUGUGUUGCGUGAGCAGUAAGAGGAGUCAGGUCUUGGCACGCGGAGAGGGCAUUUGCCAUGCGUAAUUAAUAAUUAAGCAUCAAGAAUCUUUUCUCAAAAAAUCUGUGAUGCUAGCACCAGCAUCACAGACUUGAUGGGUCAUGCAAAAUGUGCAUGACAAGUCCCGACUCUUCCAGACCCAGACAUAUUUGCAUUUGAUAGCGAGGAUCAUCAUGUUGAAAGUGCAGUUGUAACAGCACCACUCCAGAUUGAGCCUCACGACCAGGCUGAAAACGGGAAUAUGAAAAAAUCCACGACAACGACGCCAUCAACAACGGCUGCACGACGACCAGCCCCGAAGAACUUCUACUACCGAAGUAGGAGAAUAAGGCCACAACUCGUCCUCGACAAAGAGGCGAGGCUUGAAGAAUUUGAGAAUUUUCUGUCGACGAAAAUUUUCUCGCGGAGUCGAACCCCCGGAUUUUUGGAAAAGGAGGAGAUUAUGGCCCUGUUUAGGUUUCUGACGAUAGCAGACCUUCCGGAUAAAGAAUGUCGUGCGAGUGAUUGUACGGCAGAAGAAGUGCAGCUGGCUCCGGGAACGUGCGUUGUUAUGACGAAGCCGAUCUAUUUUGCAGAAAAUAACAAGGACGAUGGAAGUGUAACUCAAACCAGUCCUUCCAGCUGGUCGCGGAAAGUAGAACCACUCACCGGCUCCUUUUGCUUCGAGUGCGUCUGUGAGACAGAUUUGCUACUGGGCCGCGGCGGCGUGGUGCGCGAGAAGGACAAUGAUGCGUCGGCUGGAAUGAAAGGAAAAGGAGACGAGAGAAAUCAAGUGCAUCAUAAAACACACCAGCUCUUCCUGCAUUCUGUCACGCGCAUCUCUGAAGUGUACCGGGUUGUUCAUUCAUCGAAAGAAAACGAGGACAGUGGUUUAUUGAUUCCACAACUCACGACCGGUAAGAUUAAAAUAGACUCGAUUCGUCUCACGAAACACCUUUCCCUGCAAAAAGACGGCGAGCAGCAGCCGGGCGCAGCCUUCUUCUACCAGGAGCAAGAAAACAUAGCAUUUUUGCAAGAAGGCGACAUUGUCACGGCUUUAUCGGGGGAGUUUCUGCUCCGCAGCCGCGAGGUCGUAGCUGAGGCGACGGAAGAAAGUAGUGUACCAGCAGUAGUUCCUGAAGGUGGAACAAUCGGAAUACCAAACGGCGCCGGCGCGGGCGACCCCGAAGGCGCGCGGGUCGGGAAGGGAACUGC